UAUGUAUGCAUGUAUGUGUGUUUUACACAGAUGUCUGUGAUGUUUUAUUAAAGCGAUGUUCGAUCUUUAGCGAGCACGAGAGAGAAAUUCAGAGUGCACGAUUUUAUUCUACAUAUAUAUGUAUAUGUAAUAUUAUUUACCGUCAUCUCUUGCUGUCGCUAGAACAAUGCAGCGCAAUGCAGAAUGCAGGUGUUGUCGCUGACGAAGCCGAGUUAAAUGUGCAAGUCAAAUCACGGCGAUAAAUCGAUUUUCUGCGAGGGCAUAUAUCAUGGACGCAUUGCAGGCGAUUUAAAGGCAAUAUUCGCGAAGAAUGUGCCAUGUCGGUCUCGGAUCCCCUCAUCAAAGAGCUGAAAGGAUGGACUCGAAAGCUGAUGGAAUAUCCCAAAGAGAUCAAUGAUGAGAAUGAGAAUUUGUGUCAUUUUUGUAAAUGCUUUGAAGACUGCUUACAAAAGGGCUUACUGUCUUGUUUUGAUAGCACAGUUGGAUACUUAAAAAUACCCUGUGCAUGGCACUGGUUAGAAUAUGUUGCUGAAAAAAAUUACAGCUCCUACAAUACAUUCUUUUUGGUAGUAGAACAAGUCAAGCAAAAUUUGAAAAUACACACAUCUAUUGGACGACUUCGUUUUCUGAUACGAGUAUGCCUAGUGCGAAAAUGUCUUCAUAUGCCGAUAGAAAUAUUGACGAGAAUACCAAGUUUAGCUACAGAGUUCUACGGUUUGAAGAGCAUUGUGGGGGAUGAUAUUUUACGAGAAAUACUACUGUCUGUUCUACUGCAAUGCAGUAAAUUUAAUUUUAAGCUGAAUUUAAGAAAUGCAACUUUCUUGGAUGACACCUGGCAAAUGCCAUCAUGCAUAGCUUUAGAACUUGUACCUUGCAAAAGUUUAGGUAUCUCUGUGUGUUUCACCAAGGAGAAGGCAUUAAUUGUCAAUGUUGAUGAAAAAUCAGUGGCUGCUGAAGAUAAUAAAAUUGAAAUCGGAGACAUAUUAGAUGAGAUAAACGAAAAUAUCAUCAAUGGUGACAGUAAGGGAAAAUUACGUAAAAUUAUGAGGAAAGCUAGUGGACAACCAAUAACUUUACAUAUCAUUAAGGUGCCAUCGUACCAAAAAUCUCGUGAACUUUAUGAACCAAUAGUACAUCUUAUCAAAAGUUCGGGUAUUGAGAGAAUGCAGUCUUUAAUACAAAUAUCACAAUUAGACCAAGCAGAGAUCACCAAAAAGGAUCAGAUCUCUAAAUUAAAAAAUAAAACCUUAAGUAGUGGAUUUCCAGUGAAAUAUUGUGGCUCUGUGCAUGUUGGUACGGAAGGUGAUGUGAAACAAAUUGAAAAAGCUAUUCGACGAUUAUUAAAGGAAGAAGUAAAGCAAGUGCCUGUAAAAUUUGAAUGUUUAGAAAUUGGUAUUGUAGUAACUCAAGAGAUAGAUAAUCGAACGAUAUGCAAACAAAGUUAUAUGGAAAUCUCGUCGUGUGGAUGUACUGCCAACAUUCCAGAUUAUUUCGCAUUUAUCGCAGGAGAAACAAAUUGUAAUAUGGCAACAAAAUUUGAUGCUUAUAUCUUUUAUCACCGAAAUGAAACUGAAGUUCAACAAAUCUUACAGAGUUUGGGACAGGGAUUUCAGCGUACUCAUUUUGCAGUCUAAUAUAUAUAAAUUAUUUAUUGUG